CUCCCCGCGGGCCCGCCCGCGCGGCCACGGGUUCGGGGCCAGGGCCCGGUUCAGGCUCGGCCGAGCCCGCGCAGUUCGGCCCGGUCGCCGCGGGGGGCGGUUCGGAGCCGAGGCCCCGCCAUGGAGCGCCCCGGCGGGCCGGUCGGCCUGGAGGCGGCGGAGCCCCGAGCCGAGCGGCGGCCCUCGGGGACCCGCAGAGUGGGCGGUAUUGUGAAACCUCGUCUGACCUAUAGCAGAGAGCUAGAAAUGAAAACUACCCUUCAGGAACUGCUAAUCUACAUAAUUUUCCUUACAGAUCUAUGUAUAUUGACAUUUGGCAUGGUGAACACAGACAUGUAUUACCUGAACAAAGUUAUGUCAAAUCUCUUUCUGGAAACCUCUGUGUCUGAGACAGAUAGAAGUUCCUUCAAGACCAUAGGCAGCAUGGUUGAUUUCUGGAAGUUUACAGAAGGACCCCUGCUUGAUGGUCUGUACUGGGACACAUGGUACAACAACAACACAUUGACAAGCCACAGAAACAGCAGUCAUGUUUACUACGAGAACUUACUUUUAGGAGUAGCCCAGAUUCGUCAGCUAAAAGUCCGCAACAACACGUGUGCCAUCUAUCCCUAUUUCCGAACAUUUCUGAAAGAGUGUUAUCAUGAAUACCGCUAUGUAGCUGAAGAUAAAUCUGAUUUUGGUCUAAAGAAUGGGUCUGUAUGGAUGUAUUCCUCUGCUUCCUCAUUAGCCCCCUGGCACUGGGGAGCUAUUGGCCUUUACAGCGGCGGAGGAUUUAUGUUCACCUUACCUAAAUCAAAGGCUGAGAGCAUAAGGAAGCUUGCGUUUCUCAGACGUAACGGCUGGCUCACUAGAGGAACAAGAGUCGUAUUUAUUGACUUCUCAGUGUAUAAUGCUAACAUAAACCUCUUCUGUGUAGUCAGGUUGGUAGUGGAAUUCCCAGCCACUGGUGGUGCUCUUCCUUCUUCGCAGUUUUACUCAGUAAAGCUUCUCAGAUACGUCACUUACUACGAUUAUUUCCUUGCCUCUUGUGAAGUCAUCUUUUGCCUCUUCAUCUUUGCUUUCAUCAUCCAAGAAAUUUUAAAAGUUAAAAAACUGAAAACAGAAUAUUUUAAAAGUGCCUGGAACUGGCUGGACAUGCUGCUGGUGUCGCUGUCUAUCUUUGCCAUUGCCUUCAAUAUGUAUCGUACUGUAGAGGUGUCCUUGCUGAUGGAAAGCCUGCUCUCUAAUGCCUAUGUGUAUCCAGACUUUUAUUUCCUUGCAUACUGGCAAACCCGUUACAACAACAUGAUUGCUAUCAAUGUCUUCUUUGCAUGGAUAAAGAUAUUUAAGUACAUAAGCUUUAACAAGACGAUGACUCAGCUGUCCUCCACUUUAUCCCGCUGUGCCAAAGACAUAAUUGGAUUUGCCAUCAUGUUCUUCAUCAUAUUCUUUGCAUACGCACAGUUAGGCUACCUGGUCUUCGGGUCACAAGUCGAUGAGUUUUCCACUUUUCAGAACUGCAUUUUUACACAGUUUCGCAUAGUGCUGGGUGAUUUUAACUUUGCAAGCAUAGAGCAAGCCAACCGAAUUCUCGGCCCCAUCUACUUCAUCACAUUCGUGUUCUUUGUGUUCUUUGUAUUGCUGAACAUGUUCUUGGCUAUUAUUAAUGACACAUAUUCAGAAGUGAAAGCUGACUUCGCAGUGAUACCAAGUAAAGAAUUUGAGAUCAGUGACCUCAUUAGACAGAGUUACAAUAAAGCCCUUGUGAAACUCCGGCUGAAGAAAUCAAAGAUGGAGGAUUUGUAUCCAGGAGGUGGAAGCUUGCAAAGCAUGAAAACCAAAGGACAUUCUGCCUCCAAAACAGACAAUGCUCUGAAGCUUUCCAGAAGAUCUAGUGUGGACGAGAAGGGUUAUCUAAAGUCACCACAGCUACAGCAGUGGAAGGAGAAGUUUAACCAGAAGUAUCACUCUGCUGAGAAUAAGGAAUUGGCUGCGGCUCCUCAGGACCAAGUCUCUCCUCAGGAAUUUCAGCAACUUUUCAGAUAUGCGACGGAACUGGAGAAGCGACUAAACGAGGUUAACACAAAGCUGAGCAGAGUUCUGAAAGGCAUGCCUGACCUGAAAGGCUCUCCAGACAAGAAACAGAGAUAGUGAGCUGCAGAGAGACAAAUUGCACAAAACAAAUCAUAUAUUCCAAAGCUUUCCAAGCAUGCUGGCAAGUGCUAGCUCUGAAAGAACACAGACGCUAGGGAAGAUGGAAGGCCAUUCAACUACAGUGCCAAGUUCUCAAAUGUCAUGAAAAAUAAAUAAAAUCUGCUGAUUUUUAUCUGUAUGCCUGCUAAAUGACUGACUUAUUCAGCAUACAGGAUACUGGCGGGCGGUAAAGCUUUCUAUUGUUAU